AUGAUGACAGAAGCCCCUGUUCAACCAUCUGGUCCUAAACGACCAUCUAGCGCCAUCUUGCGGAACACCCGACCGCGCGACAACGACAACAACUUAGAUCCCCAAGAAGUGCUCGAGCUCCAAGAGAUCCAAACAUAUGAGGACAACGAACUGAACUGCUCAACACCAUCUGCUUCAUCCGGUGACGACGAUCGCGUUGUGACACGUCGCAGCACGUCACGCACUGUCGCAUCACGUGCAGUGGCGCAGCAGCGCCGACAAGCUCGAACGGGGAUUUGGGGCACGCUCGCUCGCCUUUGGACAAAUAAUGUUACCCUCACGGUGCCACACAAGAGUAGUCGGGACUACUUCGGUGCGUAUCCUGCGAUAGCGAUUGUGGCUGCAAUUUUCUGA